AUGGCAACACUGGUCCUGGCAAAGAAAGCUGUGUGUGUCUGUGCGUGCGUGUGUGUGUGUGUGUGUGCGCGUGUGUAUGUGCGCGCGCGCGUCUCCGGGCAGUGUCCGAGCCCGCCGUGGGGAAAGCCGUGCCGGGAGCUAGGGAAAGCCAAAGUCCGUUCCCUGCUUCGGGAUCGUUUUUGGAUGUGCGCAAAAUACAGUCCCUCCCCAGGCUGCGCCCAGGUCAUCUCCGCGGCAGGCGGUGUCUGCGCCGCUGGCGGCGCCGGCUGGGGACGCGGGCCCUGUAAGUUCUCCGAGGGCCACUUGCAGAGCAGGAGGGGCGAGGGCGGAGGACGCGGUACGGGUCAGCUGGGGCAGCCCCUCGGAGCACCGGGGAGGCGUGGGGAGAAGCGGUAGGGGCAGCAACUUCCAAAGGGGCUGGCUGCUGGCCAUGCGGGCAGGGAGCUGGAGACAUUUCCAGAUCCCCGAGGAUGGCACCAGCCCCCGCACGCUCAACUCCUGCUCCUCCUCUUUGCCACGAGUAAACAACGCAGAUUAAAACAAGGUGAGCCAACCAUGACUGGCAAAACACAGACCAGCAAUGUCACCAAUAAGAAUGACCCCAAGUCCAUCAACUCCCGAGUUUUCAUCGGCAAUCUAAAUACAGCCAUUGUCAAGAAAGUUGACAUUGAAGCCAUUUUCUCAAAGUAUGGAAAAAUAGUUGGAUGCUCAGUUCACAAGGGUUAUGCAUUUGUACAGUACAUGAGUGAGCGACACGCAAGAGCGGCAGUGGCUGGAGAAAAUGCCAGGAUCAUUGCCGGCCAACCACUUGAUAUCAAUAUGGCAGGCGAACCCAAACCAUAUAGACCAAAACCUGGAAACAAGAGGCCCCUCUCUGCACUUUAUAGACUUGAGUCAAAGGAGCCUUUCCUGUCUGUUGGUGGUUAUGUCUUUGACUAUGAUUACUACAGAGAAGAUUUCUACAAUCGGUUAUUCGAUUACCACGGCCGUGUGCCUCCGCCUCCCCGUGCGGUGAUUCCACUGAAGCGUCCCAGAGUGGCCGUCACGACGACUCGCAGGGGAAAAGGGGUCUUUUCCAUGAAAGGGGGAUCGAGGUCUACCGUCAGUGGGUCGUCUUCAUCAGGCUCUAAAUUGAAAUCAGAUGAGUUACAGACAAUCAAGAAAGAAUUAACCCAGAUCAAAACGAAAAUUGACUCCUUGCUAGGGCGCCUGGAGAAAAUUGAGAAGCAGCAGAAGGCGGAGGCAGAAGCUCAGAAGAAGCAAUUGGAAGAGAGUAUAGAGCUGAUCCAAGAGGAAUGUGUGUCAGAGAAUGCAGAUCACUCUACAGAGGAGCCUGCUGAAGGAGGGCCAGAUGCGGAUGGAGAAGAGAUGACUGAUGGGAUAGAGGAGGACUUCGAUGAAGAUGGGGGUCAUGAGCUGUUUCUACAGAUAAAGUGAUCUGAAGUAAUGAAUGAUGCCACAAAAGCAGAAAAGAGAAACUGUGACAACCCCCAGAAAUGUGAAAGGAGGUUUCUUACUGGAUAGCAGCAUCUUUGGUUCAAUUUAUUAAAAAAAAAAAUACCCAAAUAAAUGAAAUGGACAGUAUUGUUCAAUUUUAGAAAUUCCAUUUCUUCUAUGUUUUAAGCUAUAUAAUAGUCAAGUUUUUAUGGUUUAGAUUGUAAAUGUGUUUUCCCCUUUGCUAAUUAUGUUGUGUUUUUUUAAGUCUUAAAAGUCUUAAAAUGUGAAAGGACAUUUAUGAAUGGUAAGGGAGACACUGUAUACAAAUGUAUAUUUGUAAAAGCUAUUUUUAUGAUUAGCAUGUUUUACUGUUGAUCAUAUAUAAAGUCAGGUGAUAUUGCAAUUCUAUGUUUAAAGCUUAUCUCCAAUAAUGUCAUGUAAGAAAAGAUACAUCAUAAGCUAGUUUUCAUAAUUUAUUUUUAAUUUAUAGUUUAAAGUACUUCCGAUCAUAAUGAUAAAAUACUUGAAAAUGUUCUAUUUCUGCCCCCCAUAAGCACCAUUUUUAUUAAGAAUGCAGAUAUUUCAGUUGUGAUUCCAUAGCUAAAGGACUCUGUUGCUUUGACCUGUGAUUAAAUUGAGCAUUCUCUACUCAACUGAAAUGAUCCAGUCCUUACCCAAUCCUUCAGUCUGGGUAGGAGAUCCCAUGGACAGGUUUUAGUGCCAAUACAGCUGAAAACUAUAUUGGCAAGGAAAAGAUUGUCUUGUCUUUGGUUCUGAAAGUUUAAAUAGUGCGUAUAUCACUUCAUUUCAUCUCCUAUUACUAGGAACGCUCCAUUCCCAAGCAUUGCAAGUAUUUUCCAGAUGCUCUUUGCUGUUGUCAUGUGCUGUGGAAAUGGAAGAAACCAUCUUCACAGACUGUAGGAGAACUCAGCAUAUAAUUUCUUAAUAAAUACCAUUUCUUUUCAAACAAA